UGCUCUGGGGGAAUGUUAAAGGCACCUGUUUCCAUCUGGGGCCUCUGAUCUGAUUUCCAGUUUGGGAGGAGGGCUAGCUGCUCUUGACUACAACCAGUGGGAGGACUUUGGCAUUAGAUGCUAAAGCUGAUGGGCUAAGAAUUUUUUUUAGACCCACCAAUUGUUACCAUUUUGCCACAUUUACCUUCUUUUUCAGUCUAUAAGUGAAUUUUAUUUUUGCUGAGCCAUUUGAAAGUAGUUGUGGAGACUUUGUAUAGUGGCUGUAUGACCUCACCAGAGCCAUCAGAAGGAAAGGGAUAUUAAUGCUUUUUAGCAUCCCUUAUACGAUGGAUACUUAACAUUGAUGAAUUUCAUUUGGUUCCCAGAAACAUUCCCUACCCCUCUCCCUUUUUUUUUUUUUUGGAUGCAGUUAUUCAAAAACAUGGAACGUUUCACGAAUUUGCAUGUCAUCCUUGUGCAGCGGUCAUGCUAAUCUUCUCUGUAUUGUUCCAAUUUUAGUAUAUGUACUGCUGAAGCGAGCACUACCUCCCUUUGUAAAAAAGGAAAAAAAAAAAAGCUGUUUUUCAGUAGAAUAAUUGUGUAUGCAUGAUGCUUUUGCCCAGAGGUGAUAUAGGAUACUCUCACUUUAUUCAUUAUUAUUUUUCUAAUUUUAUUUUUAUUUAUUUAUUUAUUUAUUUUUAUUUUGAGAGUUUUGCUCUUGUUGCCCAAGCUGGAGUGCCAUGGCAGGAUCUCAGCUUACUGCAACCUCCGCUUCCCGGGUUCAAAUGAUUCUCCUGCCUCAACCUCCCAAGUAGCUGGGAUUACAGGCAUGCACCACCACGUCCAGCUAAUUUUGUAUUUUUAGUAAAGAUGGGGUUUCACUAUGUUGGUCAGUCUGGUCUCGAACUCCUGAUCUCAGGUGAUCUACCUGCCUUGGCCUCCCAAAGUGCUGCUGGGAUUACAGGCGUGAGACACUGUGCCCAGCCUUAUUUUUAUUUUUAUUUUUUUUCAAGUAGAGACGAGGUUUCACCAUGUUGGCCAGGCUGGUCUCGAACUCCUGACCUGAAGUGAUCCGCCUGCCUCAGCCUCCCAAAAUUCUGGGAUUACAGGCGUGAGCCACUGUGCCCGGCUGCCCAGCCUUAUUUUUAUUUUAUUUUAUUUUUUUGGAGACAGAAUCUCGCUCUGUCGCCCAGGCUGGUCUUAAACUCCUGAGCUCAGGCAAUCUGCCUGCCUCGGCCUCCCAAAGUGUUAGGAUAACAGCAGGCGUGAGCUACUAUGCCCAGCCAGAAUACUCUCAUUUUAAUAGAUGCUGGGUAGUUUGAUGUGGUAGAGCUCUUUUGUCGUUGAAGAUUUUUAAUGGAAACAUCAGAGAUUUUGUCAACUGUGUUUGAGAUUUAGGAGAACUAUUACAAUCGCUUUUACCUGUGUUGCUGAAGGAAGAUAAAGUAGACUCUGUGGGUCUCAUCGUGGUGCUCUUUCCUCCCUGCUCGUCACACUGCAGUAACUGCAGUGCCUGGUAUAGCAGUGGCCAGUGGGGCGUUGUAGGGUGACUCACCAGCUCUCCUGGGAGGUCUCUCUUCUCACUUGAUGCACUCAGGUCAGCUUGGCUGGGCAGGGAUUUGAGUUCUUACACUUCAGGUAGAUGAGGACUCAUGGACACAGAGCAACCUUAUUUCCUCUUGCCGUACUUUGCACGGUGAUAAGCACACAGGUCCUUGAAUGGAGAUGCUCAGUCUCAGCGACUUAAUUCAGAAUAUGCUUACUGGGAGUUCAGGGAGGGAGAUGCAACAAUUUUCCGUACUUCUGCCUCAGUGUCAGGUAUUCUUUCUUGCCAUAUUUAUUGAUUGCCUGCUAUGUGCCGGGCGCAUGUAUAUAUGCUGAUGAUGCACUGGUGAACAAAAUGAAGUCUCUGCCUUCUUGGAGUAUACAUUCCAGUGGAGAAAGACAUAGGUUUUAUGCCUGGUGGUAAAGAAUGCUGUAAGAGGCCGGGCGCGGUGGCUCACACCUGUAAUCCCAGCACUUUGGGAGGCCGAGGUGGGCAGAUCACGAGAUCAGGAGAUGGAGACCAUCCUGGCUAACACGGUGAAACCUCAUCUCUACCAAAAAUACAAAAAAUUAGCCAGGUGUGGUGGCGGGCGCCUAUAGUCCCAGCUGCUCAGGAGGCUGAGGCAGGAAAAUGGUGUGAACCCGGGAGGCGGAGCUUGCAGUGAGCCGAGAUCGCACCACUGCACUCUAGCCUGGGCGACAGAGUGAGACUCCGUCUCAAAAAAAAAGAAUGCUGUAAAACAGAAUAAAGUAGAGAAGGGGGAUAGGAAUGGCAGUGGUGCGUCUUUUUAGAUGGAGUAUUCAGAGAAGGUCUGUCUGAGGAGUUUGAGCAGAGAACUGAAUAGAUGAGGGUGUUGGAAAGAAACGUUUUUGGGCAUGGUGUAAAGGCAUGCUUGAGGGAUUCUAAGGAGGCUGGUGUGUGGCUGGAACUAAGUGAGGGGAUGAGAGGUACUAGGAGAUCACAUGAGACCAUGUAGGCCACUGUUAGCGGUGAGUGCAAUGGUAAAUGAGUAGAAGGAUUUUGGACAGCAAGAUUGCUAUGAUCUUACUUAACACUUAUAAAAGAGUCACUCCUAUGACUUUUGUAGGGUGAGUAAGCUAUAGUAAUAUCAAUAGAAAUGAACAUGCUUUGCAUUUACCAUGUGUCAGGUAUUAUUAUUAUUAUUACUUAUUUUUAUUUAUUUUACUUUUUUUUGAGAUAGGGUCUUACUCCGCAGCCCAGGCUGGAGUGCAUUGGCAUUGAUCAUGGCUCACUGCAGCCACGACCUCCUGGGCUUAGGUGAUCCUCCCACCUCAGCCUCCCAGGUAGCUGGAACUACAGGUGUAUGCCACCACACCUGGCUAAUUUUUUAUAUUUUUAGUAGAGAUGGGGUUUUGCCAUGUUGCCCAGGCUGGUCUCAAACUCUGAGUUUAAACAAUCUACCUGCCUCAGCCUCCCAAUGGGCUGGGAUUACAGGUGUGAGCCACCAUGCCCAGCCUCAUCAUUCUUAUUAACUUGUUUAAUCCUUUCAAUAAUCCUAUUAAGUAGAAUUAUUAGGUAAUUAGAAUUAGGUUAAAAAGAGCUGAGGUGUGGGUGUUCGUUUCUCAGGUAAAACAUGGCUAAAAGCUUACGGAGUAAGUGGAAAAGAAAGAUGCGUGCUGAAAAGAGAAAAAAGAAUGCCCCAAAGGAGGCCAGCAGGCUUAAAAGUAUUCUCAAACUAGACGGUGAUGUUUUAAUGAAAGAUGUUCAAGAGAUAGCAACUGUGGUGGUACCCAAACCCAAACAUUGCCAAGAGAAAAUGCAAUGUGAGGUAAAAGAUGAAAAAGAUGACAUGAAAAUGGAGACUGAUAUUAAGAGAAACAAAAAGACUCUUCUAGACCAGCAUGGACAGUACCCAAUAUGGAUGAACCAAAGGCAAAGAAAAAGGCUGACGGCAAAGCGAGAGAAAAGAAAGGGGAAAAGCAAAGCAAAAGCAGUGAAAGUGGCAAAGGGUUUGGCCUGGUAGACUCUUAAAACCUUGGAAAAUGCCACAUGGGAUAGAUGACGGAUUAGAAUGUAUACACAUGUAUACUUUGAUUUCAACUGCCACCAAAUGAAAACCAUUUGUUUUCCUAUUUUAACUUGGCCUUUUUUCUUCAAUUCAAACCCAGCAUAACUCCUCAAGUUUGUUUUGGGAACUUGAAUAAAAUAUUUUCUUUGAUACAAAAAAAAGGAUUAGGUUAAAAAGAAUUAGGUAAUUCUUUUUUUAUUAGGUAGAAUCCUGUUAGGUAGAAUUAUUUUAUAGAUGAUAAAAGUAAGGGAAGUUAAACACCUUGCUCAAGGUCAUUUGUGUAACAAGAAUGAGUGCCAGCGUUUGCACUCAGACAGUGUAGCUCUAGAGUGUGUGCCCUUCUCAAGUACUCCAGCAUGAAUGCAGAGUAUUCGCACUGAGCCACAGAGGCAAGCAGUCAGGAGGGUACGCAUCUGAAACGGUGCUGUGGGGUGUUGAACUUGCAUGGUGAGUCGCAUGUGGGAUCGCUUUCUAGAAGUAUUGAUUAUGGCAGAUUGAGAUGGUAAAACUCUGACUCUCAGUCACAGAUACCUUGAGAAGUACUAUAUUAUUAAUAUACUACUACUUGCUGGUGGGGGUUUGUGGAAGCUGUUGCAGUUGACGAGGUAAGAGAUGAUGGUGACUUGGACGAGUAUAGCAGAGGAGUAGAAAGAAGUGGUCAGGGCCAGGCGUGGUGGCUCAUGCCUGUAAUCCCAGCACUUUGGGAGGCCAAGGUGGGUGGAUCACAAGGUCAGGAGUUUGAGACCAGCCUGGCCAACAUAGUGAAACAAAAAAUUAGCUGGGCAUGGUGGCGGGCACCUGUAAUCCCAGCUACUUGGGAGGCUGAGGCAGGAGAAUCACUUGAACCUGGGAGGCAGAGGUUGCAAUGAGCCAAGAUUGCGCCAUUGCACUCCAGCCCGGGCGACAGUGUGAGACUCCAUCUCAAAAAAAGAAAAAAAAAAAAAAAAGAAAGAAAAAAGUUGUCAGAUUAGGACAGGCACAGUGGCUCAUACCUGUAAUUUCAGCACUUUGGGAAGCCGAGGUGGGUGGAUCAGUUGAGGUCAGGAGUUUGAGACCAGCCUGGACAACAUGGUGAAGCCCUCUCUCUACUAAAAAUACAAAAAUUAGCUAAGCACAGUGGCACGUGCCUGUAAUCCCAGCUGCUUGGGAGACUGAGGCAGGAGAAUCACUUAAACCCGGGAGGCGGAGGUUGAAGUGAGCCAAGAUCGCACCACUGCACUCCAGCUGUGUGACAGAGCAAGACUCCAUCUCAAAAAAAAAAAAAAAAAAAGAAGAAGAAGAAGUGGUCAGAUUCAGGACGUGUUUUGAGGAUAAGUGGUGGAUUUAAUGUAGGGCUUGAGAAAAGGCCGUUGUGUAUGACUGACUGGUGUUUGAAUCCUUUAUCAUAUCCCAGGGCCGGUCUAGGACACACAAUUGAGUGUGCCUAGGCAUUCUUCCCAGUUUGUUGUGGCUGCCCUGCCCAAGCCCACAUCACCUGUUAGCUUCACGCCCUUCUCU